GGAUCGGCUUUUCCUGUCAGUUAUGCAAGCAGAAUUAUACAGAAGCAGUAUUUUAUUCCAAGCUCCAACUUGUUGGGAACACGGCUGGCUGGAUCCCAUGUUGAUGCACAGGAGCGUAAGAUUAAUCCUUUAGUCUCUAUUUCAGAUGAGCCGGAAACACUGUACAAGAGAUUGUCCCUUUUAGUUAAAGGUCACGAUGAAGCUGUGCUGAAAAGCUAUGAAUAUUUUGCAGUGCUUGCCGCUGAAGAACUUGGCAUCUCUGUAGAAAAAGUAUAUAAACCUCCAAAGACGAUAGAACGUUUUACACUUCUCAAAUCUGUACACAUUUACAAGAAGCACAGAGUUCAGUAUGAAAUGAGAACACAUUACGUGUGUUUGGAGUUUAAACAUCUCACAAGCAGUACAGCUGCAGUUUACUUGGAGUAUGUGCAACGAAACUUACCUGAAGGGGUUGCCAUGGAGGUAAAAAAGACUAAGAUAGAGAAAAUACCUGAACACAUCCAGAAACCAGUUUGGGAUACACUACCUCAAGUAGAAGAAACUGAAGCCAGGUCAUGAAUACACCAGGUACUUGGCUCCAUCAGUACUGAAAUUCAUUGCUCCUGUCUACCUAAUUUACUGAGACAGUCCACUGUUAAAUAAAAGACUUCUUACAAA